AUGAGCGGCCCGUGGGGCGCGGCGGGCCCGGCGCGGCAGGGCUGGCUGUGGGGGGCGGCGGCGCUGCUGGCGCUGGGCGCCCUGCUCGGGGCUUGGCGCUGGGCCGGCCCGCGGCGCCGCCGCCGCCUGCAGCGGGUCGGGACGGUGCUCAGGCUCUUCGUGUACCCGGUGAAGUCGUGCCGGGGGGUGUCGGUGCGGCGGGCGCAGGUGACGCCGAUGGGGCUGCGCAGCGGGGACCUGCGGGACAGGUUCUGGCUCGUGGUCAGAGAGGACGGGCACAUGGUGACGGCUCGCCAGGAGCCGCGGCUCGUCCUUGUUUCUGCCGACUGUGAAAACGGGCACUUGAUCUUGGAGGCCGGGGACAUGGAGAGGAUAAGCGUGCCUGUAAACCUCCCCAAGAAAAACCCCAUCCGCAACUGCAGGGUGUUUGGACAGGAUAUCCAAGGCAGGGACUGUGGUGAUGAAGUGGCUCAGUGGAUCACCACCUUCCUGAACUCAGAGCCCUGUCGACUGGUGCACUUUGAGCCCUCCAUGGUGCCAAGAAAGUCCAAGGACACGAUAGCCCUUUUCCGAAACACGGAUGAGGUUGCCUACCCUGACUGCAGCCCGGUCUUGAUCAUCUCCGAAGCUUCAAUGGACGAUUUAAAUACCAGGCUGGAAAAGAAAGCUAAGAUACAGAACUUCAGGCCAAAUAUUUUUGUAACAGACUGCAGUGCUUUUGAGGAGGACACCUGGGAGGAUAUUCUUAUUGGUGAUGUGGAGAUGAAAGGGACCGUGUGUUGUGGCAGGUGUAUUUUAACAACUGUUAAUCCAGACACUGGGGUCAUCGACAGGAAGGAGCCCUUGGAAACAUUGAAAAGUUACCGCUUGUGUGAUCCAUCUGAGAAACACAUUUACAAAACCAGCCCUCUCUUUGGGAAAUACUUCGCUGUUGACAAAACUGGAACGAUUCAAGUUGGAGACCCUGUGUACAAGAUUGUCUGGGAAUGAAGGAGACUUUGAUCAGAAGAUGCUUUUCCUCUUUGAUAUGCAGAUUGUUUUUCCAUGUAGACAGUCACCAGCAUAACUUUUUCUUCUUCCUUGCAAUAUUUUUUGUGCUUUUUAAGGUGCAGGAGGUUCUUUGAGGCUGUGAAGUGCCAGUCGUUUCAGAUCAUGUAAUCUGCUGGCAUACCUGUAGUAACCACAUCUUUAGUUUUCCUGGAGGAUGUGGUAGAAGAAACUGAUCCAUGACAGACUUCACAGCGCUACUGUGAGCAUCACCCCUCCUAAAAUUUCAUGUCAGCCACAAUAUUGGAAUCCAAAUUUAUGUAAAGGGUUUGUAUCAUGUGUUAGAUACAUUUAGUGCCUAUAAAGAACCACAAAAACAGUCAUGCCAAGCACAAAGUAUGUUUGUCACAGAGCUGCCUUUACAAGUGAUCAUGGAGUGCAGAUGGCAGGGCUCUGCUUCCCUCCUUUGAUCCUAAUCCUUGUAGGAUUCUCUCCUUCUUUGGUCCUAAUCAUCUUGCCCUGUCUAUGGCCAGAGGUAGUUUUUAGCAGUGUUUCUUUCUUUGAAGUUGUUUCCUGAAAAUUUUUACUGUCUCUUGAGAUUGGAGCAACAUCAGGAGGAUUCUGAGCUGACUAAAUGAUAGUCAGGUCUAGAGGGGGUGCCGGGUAAUGACGUGUAAGGCUGUGGGCUUGUUUAGUUUGUGACCUCUGCUUGACAGUUUGAGCUGUCAGUUUUUCAUCCUGUGAAGAAUACCGUAGUGCUGAGGCUAUAGAGCAGUGAUGCAUUUGCUAACAUAGCAGUAGAAUUUCCAGUUUGAUGGAAAGAACUGGAUGUUCACUGUGUCAGAGACCUCGUGCACAUUGGAGGGAGUGAUCUGAUGUUGAGCCUGCCCUGUUCAAGCCACUGUCCAGCCCAAUAUUAUAGGGCUCGUGCACAGCUCCUCUCUGGCUCAGUGGAUCCCUUUGUGUAGAAAGUUAGGCUGCUAAGCAGAUGUUUGGGAAGCUGCAGUUUGAGCAUGUUAACAUCCUUACUGGUUCCGCAUUUAAAUCUCUGCUUGUCCCCCAGUCCUGCUCCAGUUUAACCAAAAUGUCAGCCAUUUGUAGGAAGCUGAUAGUUAUAUUUUCUAUUGCAUAAAACAAAUAAGGGAGAAAACUAAUUAAGUUAUAACAGUGUUAUAUUUUCUUUAAAUGCUCUAUGAUUAUUUUUUAUAAAAAGUGGCCUCCAGGACUAAAGCCUGCUAUCUUUCAAAUGCUUGUCUGCUUGUUUCUUUUUUAUGGAUUACUAAAUUUGAAAAUAGUGUUGCCCUAGCCUAAAAGAGGAAUCAAAUUAAGUGUGAAAGACAAAUAUGAUCCAGUCUGAUGUUUAAAUUAUUCAUUUUCUGUUGUAAGUAUGAAAAGGGAAUUUUGAUGCAUGUUCACAACAUGUAUUACACGACCUGUAAAUGAAGAGCCAUUGAGCUUUGAGAAAGUGCAGGUGAAUGUAUGUGGCAAGCCUGAAGGAAGUUGUGUAGGGGAAGUACUUUUCUAUUAUUUUUGAACUCCGAGUUGCUCUGAAUGCCAUUUUGUCAGCAGGGUGCUCUGCAUUAAGUUUUCCUGGGACAGACGAGUGCCCAGUUUGAAGUGCAUGUUGUAAAUUUGUGUAUUGUUAUGCCUGAUGCAGCAACUAGUGGGAAGAAGUGAGAGAAAAAGCAUCUUUUGAAAAGAAAAAGAAUUCUGAGGUUAAUCUUAAAAAGCACAUCUUGAAUGUUUGAAGCUGAAAGCUUGUGGAAUUCCUAAUGUGUCAUUAAGCACAGGCAGCCUGCUGGCCUGCCAAAGCAAUUAGUCAAGAGUGUGUCUCUUCAUUAAGUCAAAGAAGCGGAAGGAAAAAGAGCUGAUUUUGUUGCUUCUGGCCAAAUAUGUUUUUUCCACUGCUGUUCUAACAGCACAUCGGCAUUUACAUAACACAAAUUGUGUGGUGUAGAUUCCAUUGCCUCUCAUUAGGCUGCUGUGGAUUGGGCUGAUUUGGAAAUGGGGCUGCCUUUGCAAGGAGAAACUGCCUUCCUGUUUGGGAGAGGCCAUAGAUCUAAACCCUGCUUUACUCCUGUAUAGCUUCUUAGCAGAAUAUGGCUGCAAUCCUAAAACAGGCAUGCAUCUGAGUACAACAUUGUUCGCUGAUGACUCUUAAAUCAAUUAUGUGGCGGUUUUCUGAAGCUGAGAGCAUGAAUUAGAACAUUGCAUAGCUUCAUAUAACUGUUGAUUUGCUGUAACUGUGAGAAUUGUGUUUGAUUUUGUUUAAGCAAUUUAGAAAAUUGACUGAAAACGUGUCAAUCAUAAGCCACUGUUUUUUAAAUUGUGUAUUUAAACAAUUGUUAAUUUUUUUAAACUCUAGAGAAAGAAAAAAAAUAUA